AUGGGUAGACUUAUGAGCAAAAAAGCAAAAAAGAUGUCUUCGACAACUGAAAGCAAGAAACUGAAGCGAAGUAAAGCUAAGAAACUGGAAACAAAACUCAAAAAGACGAAUUUCGUCCCAUCCGAUAUUUCACCUAUCCAGAAAAAGAAAAAUGCUCGCGUCGUUGAUAAGACUGAGAAUCAACUUGUGACAAAUAAACCAAAAAGUCGUCAUAUCCCCAGCAUUAAAAGCAAGGACGAGCUUAAAGAAGCCUCCAGUGAAAGUGAUUUUGAACAAAUCGAGGCGGACUGGAAUGCAGACGACCAAACAGAUAACGACGAGAAGCACAAUUGCUCAAGUAUUUCAAUCAUACAGUAUGCUGCACAUUAA